GGCACCACCCACGCACAAGACGGGGUAGGGAAAAUGGAGUGGAGCUGGAGUAUCCUGAACAGAACUUCACAACGCAAAAUUGUGUUACAGCUCCCAUUUGUCCUGCCUUCAUUUCAACAAAGAGUGCAACCUAGUAGCAAAACUCAAGAGUAGCUCGUCGAGAAAAACCGAGAGUACACAGUAUUAUUGCAUCAGCCACUAAUUAGGAGCCUAAGGAAGAAAGGCGUCAACAUUAGGCAGACACUCGACAGGGGCUAACGCGCCUACUAAAUAAUUAUUAAGCCAAUCCGCUUAAUAGACCGACCGACCGGUCUCAAAGACAGCGGGAGUGAAACUUAUCUAAUGUCCGCAAGCAGCGGAUGAGAUGAAGUGUGCCAGCCAGCAGCAAACCAGAGUCGGUAACAGUGCCCGCCUCUUUCUCUGUCUUAUUGGCCAGCGGGAAACGGGUAGCCGGACGCGCCAAUUUUGAAGCGGUGGCACAACGAGCGGGAAAUCCUCCAUCGGCUAGUUUUCCUCUCGUCUCUUGUACAUUCUUUCAGUCGUCGCUAUGCCUGCCGGGGUGACUGUGAACGACAGCCCUGCGCUUCCUCAGAGGGAGCCUCUCGGUGUGGGGUCGGCGCCUCCUCCUCAUGGGGAGCUUCAGUACCUCAGGCAAGUCCAGCAGAUCCUGCAGUUUGGGCACAGAAAAGAGGACCGGACAGGCACCGGCACCAUCUCCGUCUUCGGAAUGCAAACGCGGUACAGUCUCAGAGAUAGCUUUCCAUUGCUAACAACAAAAAGGGUAUUCUGGAAGGGAGUGCUUGAAGAACUACUUUGGUUUAUUAAGGGUUCUACAAAUGCAAAAGAGCUUUCUGCUAAAGGUGUUAAGAUCUGGGAUGCCAAUGGCUCUCGUGAAUUCCUAGACAAACAGGGAUUCUUUUCUAGAGAGGAAGGAGACUUGGGCCCAGUUUAUGGCUUCCAGUGGAGGCAUUUUGGAACAGAAUACAAAGAUAUGCAUACGGAUUAUAUGGGACAAGGAGUAGAUCAGGUGCAGCAGGUAAUUGAUACAAUCAGAAACAAUCCAGAUAGCAGAAGAAUCAUCUUAUGUGCUUGGAAUCCUAAAGAUGUCUCCAUAAUGGCCUUGCCUCCCUGUCAUGCUCUCUGCCAGUUCUAUGUUCUAAAUGGAGAACUCUCUUGUCAGUUGUAUCAGCGUUCUGGAGAUAUGGGAUUAGGAGUACCUUUCAACAUUGCCAGUUAUUCAUUGCUCACUUCAAUGAUUGCCCAUGUUACAGGCUUAAAGCCUGGUGAGUUCAUACACACACUAGGAGAUGCUCAUAUAUACCUAAACCAUAUUGAACCUUUGAAAAUCCAGCUUCAGAGGCAACCAAGACCUUUCCCCAAACUCAAAAUUCUUCACAAAGUUGAAAACAUCAGUGACUUCACAACAGAUGACUUUGAAGUAGAAGGUUAUAAUCCUCAUCCAGCUAUUAAAAUGGAAAUGGCUGUCUAGUGGACUUGUGAGAGUGUUACUUGCCUUAAUGUUCAGUUUGCUGUAGUGCCUUUAAAAGAAACAUAUUUUUGAUGUUUUAAAUGAUUAGAAAGUAAUAAUGAUAAAUUAUGGUUUUCAUAGAGUUUGGAACUGAAUUGUACACUGUAUGUGAUAUAUUUUUGCACAACUUCACUUGCUGCAAGAGGUAAUUUUCUAGGUUGUAAUAAUAAUAAAACAGUAUUUUUCCACUUCUGAUAUAUGCAAUAAAAUAUACUUCUUUA